AUGAGUAUCAGUCCAGAGAAAUUGCCGACAACUCUGACGAUGAGAAGAAAAUUAGAAGCACUGAAAACCGAGCCCUUAGGCAGCAAAGACAAGCCCAGAACAAGCGUUUCCACCCGUAUGGCUCCUACAGAGCUUCUACAUCGACAGCAGCGGCAGGCUCAGCAGCCCAGCUUACUUCUGGUUCUUCCUCUACUGCUACAUCUCAGCCAUAUACAUAUCAGCAGCAGCCCUUUCGUGGCAAACUCACAAGGCGUCAACCACAGCCCAGUGACGUAUGCUUCAACUGUUUUUCCACUGGACACUGGAAAACCAACUGCCCCCAAAACAAGUCACAAAGUCAAUGAUAAGUACACAGUUCCGGAUAGACGAAUCGAUGAUGCUAUCUGUUGUCUACAGAAAACUAUCACUCAUUUUCCCGAUGUAACAGCGAGGGAACUUGCAAGAGUAGUGGGGAAGAUCAUUUCUAUGACUCCAGUAAUGGAUAUAUUUAAAGUGGGCAGAUGGACGGGAACUAAUUGUGGAUUACAGGAUCAUCGUCUAGCGGAACUUGAGUCUGAACUACCCAGAUAUUGUGUAACAUCUAAGGCCUUUGCAUUCAGCAAAACAGUACAGAGACUUGAAGCCUUUCGUGCAAAAAUGUUUGAAUGGGAUAUAUUUGGAGAGGAUUCAGCUGCAUGGGAGUCAAGAGAUCCAGCUGACGAGAUUCAUGACAUCGGAGAGGGAAGUAAUGAGGCCAAAGAUGAAUCAAGACAG